AUGGAUAGACGGGUCGACCGUCUAAGUGGUGGCGAACGACGUCUGGUCUCUCUGUCCGCAGCACUCAUUCACUCACCGAAGCUCUUAAUACUGGAUGAGCCGACUGUAGGGGUCGACCCGCUUAUAAGGCACCAGAUAUGGCGCUACUUGGAGGAACUGUGCCUCAAAAAUGACACAACAGUCAUAAUAAGCACUCAUUAUAUGUCUGAAGCCAUAAACGCUGGAACCGUAUGUUUCAUAUCCAACGGCCAAUCUGUAGCCUACGGAUCACCACAACAACUGCUAGUAGACUACCGGUGCCACACAUUGGAUGACGUCUACUAUAAUUCCUGUCAAGAUUUAGGCAAAACGGACGCGUGUGAAAGCACUGGUAUUUCAACACAAUAUAGCUUUCAAAGCUAA